AGGCGGCCCCGGCAGCCGGGCAACCGGUGGAGAGCUUCCCUCUGGACUUCACGGCCGUGGAGGGCAACAUGGACAGCUUCAUGGCACAGGUCAAGAGCCUGGCUCAGUCCCUGUACCCCUGCUCGGCGCAGCAGCUCAACGAAGACCUGCGCCUGCACCUCCUGCUCAACACGUCGGUGACCUGCAACGACGGCAGCCCGGCCGGCUACUACCUGAAGGAAUCCAAGGGCAGUCGGCGAUGGCUACUCUUUCUGGAAGGAGGCUGGUACUGCUUCAACCGGGAGAACUGCGACUCCCGAUAUGACACCAUGCGGCGCCUCAUGAGCUCCAAGGACUGGCCCCGCACUCGCACAGGCACGGGGAUCCUGUCCUCCCAGCCAGAGGAGAACCCCCACUGGUGGAAUGCCAACAUGGUCUUCAUCCCCUACUGCUCCAGCGAUGUGUGGAGUGGGGCUUCAUCCAAGUCUGAGAAGAACGAGUACGCCUUCAUGGGCACCCUCAUCAUCCGGGAGGUUGUGCGAGAGCUCCUGGGCAAAGGGCUGAGUGGGGCCAAGGUGCUGCUGCUGGCAGGGAGCAGCGCGGGGGGCACAGGGGUGCUGCUGAACGUGGACCGUGUGGCCGAGCAGCUGGAGGAGCUGGGCUAUCCAGCCAUCCAGGUGCGGGGCCUGGCUGACUCCGGCUGGUUCCUGGAUAACAAGCAGUAUCGCCGCACAGACUGCAUCGACACCAUCACCUGCGCGCCCACGGAAGCCAUCCGCCGGGGCAUCAGGUACUGGAAUGGGGUGGUCCCAGAGCGCUGUCGGCGCCAGUUCAAGGAGGGCGAGGAAUGGAACUGCUUCUUUGGCUACAAAGUCUACCCAACUCUGCGCUGCCCGGUGUUCGUGGUACAGUGGCUGUUUGACGAGGCCCAGCUGACUGUGGACAACGUGCACCUCACGGGGCAGCCGGUGCAGGAGGGCCAGUGGCUGUACAUCCAGAACCUGGGCCGCGAGCUGCGCAACACACUCAAGGACGUGCCGGCCAGCUUUGCCCCCGCCUGCCUCUCCCACGAGAUCAUCAUCCGAAGCCACUGGAUAGACGUCCAGGUGAAGGGGACCUCGCUGCCCCGGGCGCUGCACUGCUGGGACCGAAGCCUCCACGACAGCCACAAGGCCAGCAAAGCCCCCCUGAAGGGCUGCCCCAUCCACCUGGUGGACAGCUGCCCCUGGCCCCACUGCAACCCCUCGUGCCCCACCAUCCGGGACCAGUUCACGGGGCAGGAGAUGAAUGUGGCCCAGUUCCUGAUGCACAUGGGCUUCGACGUGCAGACGGUGGCACAGCAGCAGGGCCUGGAGCCCAGUAAACUGCUGGGGAUGCUGAGCAGCGGGAGCUAGGGCCCCCCGCCCCAGCCAUCUCCCCUCCAGGCCCUCCUGCCCUCCUAGGACUGCAGGGCCCCAGCCGUCCCCACCCUGGGUCUGGACGCCCUCCCCUGGCAACCUUCACUGUCUCUCUCCUACUGCCUCUGAGGGGCUCCGGCCAGAGACGGUGGACCUGCCAUCAGCCU